AUGGCCUACUCACUUCUUUCAGAUUUGGAUACUACAAGGGAUGACUGGUUUGUUAAGGUACGAAUUUGCCGGAUGUGGGAAUUUAAAAACUACAAGAGAAGCAAUGAGAUGAUAAGUCUAGACAUGAUACUUAUUGACGAAAAGGGAACUUUGGUCCAUGCGGUAAUCUGGAAGAAUCAAGUCAACCGGUUUCGUGCUAAUUUAGCCGAAGGCUCUGUGAUCAUUAUCAGGAACUUUAAGGUCGCUGAAAGUAUGGGUGAAUACAGACCCGUACAAUCUGAUGUUAAAAUCACUUUUCUGCGAAUAACUGCCAUACAAAAAAUAAAUAGUGAUACUGUUAAUAUCCCUAAAUAUGGCUUCCAGUUUAUUCGGCCAAACAUUGUUCGCUCAAGGGUCAAUAACAACACCUACCUAUCAGAUGUGGUUGGAUGCAUAUGUGGAAUAGGUGAUCUAGAGAGUGUUGGUUCAAAGUGGAAAAAACGAGACCUUCAAAUUCUUACUGAUCCCGAGGACAGGUCUGCCACAGCCAAAAUAACCCUUUGGGAGGAUUACGGGGAAGGAUUUUACCCGUACUUAUUCCCCCCUGAAUCCGGUCCAUACAUUGUCAUUGUUACGGCAACAACAGUGAAGGAAUUUAGAGGUGAAAUUACUUUUGCCACCACAGCAGCAACCAAAACGUAUGUGAAUCUGCAAAUGGACCACAUCACCUCAUUGAUUCAAAAGUUUGCAACCAAACCCGUUCACAUACAAACAAUUGAGAGUGGUAAUGGAAGUAACAUACCUAUUGCGGAGGCAAUGUUCCAGAACCGGAUGACUAUUACUGAGUUACUGGAUUCGGACUGGAGUUAUGACAUAGAGGAAUGCUUUGUUACAUUGCGUGCUCAGAUCAGUCAAAUAGACACCUACUUUGAUUGGCACUACAUAUCGUGCAACUUAUGCAACAAAAAAAUAGAACCUAAAGAUGGCGUCUACACCUGCAAUAAGUGCGGAAAAGAAUGUGACUUCCCAUUGGUUAGGUACAAGAUACACAUUAAGGUAAAAGACAACAGUGGGAAGACAACUUUGGUUCUUUUUAAUGGGGUUGCGGAAAAGUUUGCUCGAUACUUCGGCUUUCCAAGUUUGGUAAAUCGAAUGUCCAAAGGUGAUACGCAUGUUCCAUCGCUAAUUGAGAGCCUCUGCGGCAAGGAUUUUGUAUUCAAGCUUAAAUUGACCAACUUCAAUUUGAAAGAGGGGCUGGAAAAUUAUACGGUUACAAAAGUGUUUGUGCCGGAUGAAGAAUUGGAAUUGCAACACCGCAUUAACAAAGAAAAAAAGGAAAAACUCAAAAUGGAAGCGAUGCAGAACUCACAUGUGCAAAAGGCAGGAGGUUCACACACAAACAACUCAGAAGAACAUCUGGACGACGGGGAAGGGACUUCCAAUGGCAACACAAGAGUUUAUGCAAGAAGGCUAAUAAAGAAAAGGAAGAACUUCAUACACCUCGACGGAGAAAGUGAUGGAGACACCUAA